AACAUCUUGGACAGCAUGCUCCUGCAGGCGUCCAGUCGAGAGUCAGGGGAGAGCGGGCGGGACCUGAGCAGCAGCGUGGCCCCGGCUUCAGCCAAUCAGAGGCUUCUGUGGUGCUACUGUAACCACCACUGUCCAGACGACUCGGUCAACAACACGUGCAGGACAGACGGUUUCUGCUUCACCAUGGUGGAGGAGGAGGGUGGGGUCCCAGUGCUCGCCUCAGGCUGUUUGGGGAAGAAGGGCUCUGAGUUCCAGUGUCGGGAGACUUCCAACUCAUUAGGCCGUAAAUCCCUGGAGUGUUGUUCAGAUGAGGAUUACUGCAACAGACACCUGCACCCCACUUUACCGCCCAUGGAACCGCCCACCUAUGACCCCAGUAUCCACCACAUGGCUCUCAUCAUCUCUGUGAUCGUCUGUUUCUUCAUCCUGAUCGGCAUCAUCGUCUUCUGCUACUUCAGGUACAAGCGUCAGGAGUCUCGUCCACGCUACAGCAUGAGUCUGGAGCAAGAUGAGACCUUCAUUCCUCCUGGAGAGUCCCUCAAAGACCUGAUCCAACAGUCCCAGAGCUCAGGCUCAGGCUCAGGGCUCCCUCUGCUGGUGCAGAGGACCAUCGCCAAGCAGAUCCAGAUGGUGAAGCAGAUCGGGAAAGGCCGGUACGGGGAGGUGUGGAUGGGCCGAUGGAGAGGAGAGAAAGUGGCUGUAAAAGUGUUCUUCACCACAGAGGAGGCCAGCUGGUUCAGAGAGACGGAGAUCUACCAGACUGUGCUCAUGAGGCACCAGAACAUACUCGGCUUCAUCGCGGCCGACAUUAAAGGCACCGGCUCCUGGACUCAGCUCUACCUCAUCACGGACUACCACGAGAACGGCUCCCUCUACGACUACCUCAAGUCCACCACGCUAGACAGUCAGAGCAUGCUCAGACUGGCCUACUCCUCCGUGUCCGGCCUGUGUCACCUCCACACCGAGAUCUUUGGCACCCAAGGGAAACCCGCCAUCGCCCACCGGGACCUGAAGAGCAAAAACAUCCUGGUGAAGAGGAACGGGACCUGCUGCAUCGCCGACCUGGGGCUGGCCGUCAAGUUCAUCAGUGACACUAAUGAGGUGGACAUCCCUCCGAACACCCGGGUGGGGACAAAGCGCUACAUGCCCCCGGAGGUUCUGGACGAGACCCUGAACCGGAACCACUUUCAGUCCUACAUCAUGGCCGACAUGUACAGCUUUGGGCUCAUUCUGUGGGAGAUCGCACGUCGCUGUGUCUCUGGAGGGAUCCUGGAGGAGUACCAGCUGCCGUACCAUGACCUGGUGCCCACAGACCCGUCCUAUGAAGACAUGAGGGAGGUGGUCUGCAUCAAGAAGCUCCGUCCCUCUUUCCCCAACCGCUGGACCAGUGAUGAGUGUCUGAGACAGAUCGGGAAGCUGAUGACCGAGUGUUGGGCCCAUAACCCGGCCUCCAGACUGACCGCCCUGAGGGUCAAAAAGACACUGGCCAAGAUGUCCGAGUCUCAGGACAUCAAAGUGUGAGGGGACAUCCAAGGACAUCAAAGUGCGAGGGGU